GUCAUGCUAUCCUAGUGAGGCGUAAACCGUAGAAGAAGAACGCAGCAGCUAACGCGUUAGCAUGUCUUGUUUUUUGCGGAAUUAGCGACGAUUAAAAGCUAUUGGUUCGAUAUUUUGCAUUAUGCGUUAAUGUAUAAAUAUUUAUAUUUUACAACCAACGGGUAAACAUGGAGGCUCUGGUCGGAUACAGCGGGUCGUCGUCGGAGUCUGACGGGGACGAGGAGUCAGUCUGCAAGAAUGAUGGCGGAAGGGACCUCCUCCACGGAGCAGCACCCGACUCAAAGACCAGAAACUUCCUACUGGAGCCCGCGUCCAGCGAGUCCGAUCAGUCCGACCACGAGAGUCCACACCCGGCGCCGCCCAAACCACGUCCGGCCGCUUCACCCCCCGCGUACAAGCUGCCCCCGCCCCGCCUGCAAGCCUGCACGGAGAGCAGCGUGUUCGCCAACCCCUUCAAGGCGCAGGCGGAGCAGAAGCUGAGCGCCCUGCAGAAACACGUGCCGCUCACCGUGCACGCCAAGCCCUCGCAGAUCGGCGGCAAGAGGAUCUGUGCCGCUUACAGGAAGGACGGACGAUGCCGAUUCGGCAUCAAGUGCAAGUUCGCGCACGACAGCGAUCUUCAGACGGUGGCCGUCGCCCAUGGCGACCGCCGUCCGGCCGAGGGCGGACCGGGCGGCUCCGACGAGCCUCGGAAAGAGGCGGAGCCGGAAGGGUCAGAAGGUCGGCGGGGCAAGAAGAGGAGGGUGGGCGUGAGCGACACGCUGAUCCCGCCCAAACAAGCCAUGAAGCAGUACAACAUGCUGAGGGGCAAAGAAAAACUCAACAUGUACUGAGAAAUAAAUACUGUUAGGACUUUUAUUUCCAGCUGAUGAAGGGACAUGUUCUGUACUAAUAAGUAUGUACAGUACAAGAUAUUACUACUACUGACAUCUUUCACCCUAUAUACUCAUCAAUAUAUACACAGGAGUAGUCCUCUCAUUAAUUGGUUCCUGAUAUGACCGUGAUCAACCUGUCUUUCGCAAAGUAGGACUCAAACAUUUUCUGCAACAUUAGGUUUUUUUUAUAAAUAACAAUCCGUUUUAGGCCCAUGUUUCACUUGCUCACUUCAUUUUUUUUCACCCCCCGAAGUCAAUAUUUAUUGAUCCAUCUGUAUGUGCCAUGAUGAACGCCAUUUGAAGUGUUUUAAAAAGUCAAUUAAAACAAAUUAAAAAAAUUAAAUGGUCAAUUAAAACAAAUUUAAAAAGUCAAUUCAAACGAGAAUUUUUGUAAUAAGUUCUGAGGCCAUCUCCUUGCAACCAGAGACAUUUUUUUCCAACCUGUAACCUAUUUUAAAAAAGUUCCAUUAUGACUCAAACUUGGUAAGAAUGGGUUUGAGUGGAGAAUAGAUUCUGAAUGGAGUUGUGAGCUGCCCGUCAUUUUCAUGUGACUUUUGUAGCUGUAUGUGAAAAUGGCGCCGCUGAAGUGUCAGCAGGUUGCAACAAACAGCUCUGUGCUUUUAUGUCUUCCUUAGGUUUAUUUUUUAAAAAUUUCCCUUUAGAAUUGUAACGUGAACCCCGACUUAAACAAGUUGAACAAUGUAUUGGGGUGUUAGCAUUUAGUGGUCAAUUGUAUGGAAUAUGUACUGUAAUGUGCAAUCUACUAAUAAAAGUAUCAAUCAA